GUCUUAAUACACACCUGAUAAUUUAGUGUUGUAUAUUAUUUUGCGUUUCUGUCAAGAGAUCCUUCUAAAAAUUACACACUGCACCUUUAAUAUAAAAUAAUAAAGAAAAAUUGUCCAGCAAUAAAACUCACAAUGAGGUCUGGAGACGCUUAACAAUAAACUGCUGUAAAUCUGAUAAUAUUUCUAAUGAUAAAACACUCUCACUCAGAACAGACAGACAGACACACAUACACAACCAAUAUAUGUGUACAUAUUAUGGGUGGAGUUAUGACGUCACUGUAGUGUUAGAGAAAGUGAAACUGGUUAACGGUCAUAGAAGUCUUACCUAUUUAAACUAUCUAACAACAGAAUAUUUCUUCAGUCAUUGUAAAAGUAAAUUGAACCCAGCUGAUAUUCACUCACAGCAAUGUCAUCCUUCAGUACUGCUAUGACUGAAAAGCUUCAGUGUUCAAUCUGUCUGGAUGUGUUCAAUGAUCCAGUCAGCACUCCAUGUGGACACAACUUCUGCAAGAUCUGCCUGAAGACAUGUUGGGACAACAGUCAAGACUGCAGCUGUCCAAACUGUAGAGAAACAUUCAAGCAAAGACCUGAACUCAAGAUUAAUACAACACUCAGAGAUCUUGUGGAUGAACAUAAGAAGAAAACUGCAGAGAAACAACCUGAAGUCCUCUGUGACAUCUGUGAGGAAGUAAAACUGAAGGCUGUGAAGUCCUGUCUGGUGUGUCAGAGCUCUUACUGUCAAACUCAUCUGGAGUCUCAUAUGAGAGUGACAGGUUUACAGAAACACAAACUGAUUGAUCCUGUGAAUAAUCUGCAGGAUUAUAUAUGUCUGAAACAUGAGAAACCUCUGGAGCUCUUCUGUAGAGAUGAUCAGACAUGUGUGUGUUUCAUCUGUACUUUCACAGAUCACAAGAAUCAUAACUUUGUUUCUGUAAAGGAAGAGGGUGAAGAGAAGAAGAUUGAGCUGUUGAAGACACAGACAGAUGUGCAGCAGAAGAUCCAAGAAAGAAUCGAGAAAAUUCAAGAUAUCAAACAUUCAGCAGAACUCAGAAUAGUGAGUACCGUAAAACUUCAAAUAAUAGCCUGGUCCCAAAUAGACGCCUCGUGGAGAUCCAUUGAAAGAUGUCAGUCUGAACUGAUGAAGAUGAUGGAGGAGAAGCAGAAAGCAGCAGAGAAACAGGAUGAAGAUCUCAUUAAAGAUCUGGAGCAAGAGAUCACUGAGCUGAAGAGAAGAAACACUGAACUGGAGAAGAUCACAAACACUGAAGAUCAUCUACACAUCAUACAGAUUCACUCAUCCAUCUGUAGGCCUUUAAACAUCAAGAACUGGCCUGAGAUCAGUAUGAAGAGUCAUGUGAGUGUGGAGGAGAUCAGGAGAUCUCUGACUCAACUGCAGGAGACUCUUCAUGAGAAACUUGGUGAAGCUGAGUUUAAGUGGAUGCAGCAGUAUGAAGUGGAUGUGAUUCUGGAUCCUGAUACAGCUCAUCCAUUUCUCAUCCUGUCUGAUGAUAACAAACAAGUGAGACAAGGAAUCAUGAAGCAUAAACUCCCAGACAACCCAAAGAGAUUUAGAAAUUAUGGCAUUAUCUUGGGAAAGCAGGGAUUUUCAUCAAGUAGAUUUUAUUUUGAGGUUCAGGUGAAGGGAAAGACUGCCUGGCAAUUAGGUGUGGCCAGAGAAUCUGUUAAAAGGAAGGAAGCGACUACACUGACACCAGAAAAUGGAUUCUGGGAUGUGAUUCUGAAGAAUGAGAAUCAAUAUAUAGCUAAUGCUGAUCCCUCUGUCUCUCUGUCUCUGAAAGUAAAACCACAGAAGGUGGGUGUGUUUGUGGAUUAUGAGGAGGGUUUGGUCUCCUUUUAUGAUGUGGAGUCCAGAUCUCAUAUCUACUCUUUUACUGAUCAAUCUUUCAAUGAGAAACUCUAUCCAUAUUUUAAUCCAUGUAACGAUAAUAAAGGUAAAAACUCAGCCCCGCUGAUCAUCAUACCUGUCAAUUGCAAUCAAUAAAUUUACCAACCAAAAGUAAAAUACUAUGAUAGUAAUACUUUCUAUAAUUAAUGAUAGGUAUGUAAACAUUAAGGGGUGGUUUCCCGGACAGGGAUUAGCUCAAACCAGGACUAUACCUUAGUUUAAUUAUGAAAUAUAGCUAGUUUGAACAAACAUACCUUACUAAAACAUUACUUGUGUGCACUUUGAGUAAAAAAAGGCCACUUAUGUAUUUUAAGAUAUGUCAGUCCAAGUGGUUUUCAGUGUGGACAGCUCUUACAUUUAUUUUAGUCUAGGACUAGUCUAAUACCUGUACUGGAAACCGCCUCUAAACGUAUAGAUGCUGAUUUUGAUGACAACACUUUUUAAUGUCAUGUAAUGCGUUUGUUGUAAUUAUAGACAUUUCAUUUUAAAUGUAUCAGUGUAUUGUGGUGUCUGAGAAUGUAUCAUAAAAUAACAAAAGUUAGUAUUGUGCUACGGUAAUGACUAAAAAUAAUACCUUGAUAUCUUAUACAGUUCUGCCAUUUUAUUGAAAUAUUCAUUCAUCAUUAAUUUAGUUUGUCCAGAUUCUUUAAACAAAAUACUGUACAAUAAAAUAAAACGUGACAUCAU